CACCCCCUAGCGCCCCCCAACAAUAUAAAAGGGAACAUGUCAUUUUGAGCCAUGCUGUACUCGGGGGGAGUGUGUGUGUGGGUGCACGUGUGUGUGUAUGAGAAAAAUCAAGCACUGUGUGUUAUGCUUGAUUGUGUGUGUGUGUAAGAUCAGGCAGUGUGUGUGUGUGUGUGUGUGUAGCUAAAAUCUGGCACUCUGUGCAUGUGUGUGGUUGCGAGACUGAGAACGUGUGAGUGAGAGAUAAGGCAGUGUGUAUGUGUGUGACCAGGCACUCUGUGCCUGUAUAUGCACGAGUGUGUGUGAAUGGGAGAGAUCAGGCCCUGGGUGUCUGUGUGAGAUCUGGCUCUGUGCUUGUGUGCACGCAUCAGUGUGUGUGAAUGAGAGAUCAGGAUGUGGGGGGGGUGUUUGAGAGAGAGAGAGAGACUAGGCAUUCUGUGUGUGUGUGAUCACAUCAGGCAGUGUGCGUGCACAUGUAUGAUUAGGCACUGUAUGACUUCAGGCACUGUGCGUGUGCGAGUUCAGGCACUCAGUGUGUGCUUGUGUGUAUAAGAGACAUUACACAAUGUGUGUGAGAGACAAUGAUCCGGCAGUGUGUGUGUGUCUCUGUGUGUAUGUGUGUGUUCAGUCACUUUGUGCAUGUGUGUUUGGGGGUGUAUGAAUGAGAGAGACCAGGCACUGUGAGUGUGUGUGAGAGAGAGAGGUAGUGAUCGGGCAGUAUGUGUGUGUGUGUUUGCACAUGUCUGUGUCCCCACACCCCUCUCCUGGGCUGUCCUGAAUCCAUCCCACAUCCAGAUCCAGGUGCUCCUUGCCCUGCUGCAGCCACAGCCCGACGGCCCCGUGCCCAAAGGCUGCGCGUCUCUGCCCAGCCCAGCCCCUGGCAGUGCCCCACUCCUCUCUGCCCAGGGCCCAGGGGUGCAGGGUCCCGCAGCACCAGCCCGGCCGGGGCAGCCCCUGGCUCCGCUCACCCAGGCAGCUCCCACCUGCGCCCCGGUGCCCCUGGCUCCCUGCAGCCUGCCUCCAGCUGCACGGCCACUUCGCACAGGAGCAGGGGGCCCUGGCACCAGGACACACGCAGCCCUCGGCAUUGGGACACUCGCCGUGUCCCGGCACAACAAAACCACCCAAAUAAACCCCACUUUUACCAGGGAACAGCCAAGCAAACAACACACCCAUGUGAAGUCCAACUUCGCGCUGCACCUUGGCCCCUUCUCCCAGCCCCUCCCUGCGACAGGGAAGUACAAAGGCAAGGCCCAGGGAUCCACGCUGCCUCGCAGGAGAGGAGAUGGCGACUGUGGGGGGACAGACGGAUGCCUGGGCCCUGCGCCUCGGGGGCCUGCUCCUGCCUCUGCUCUUCCUGGGGACAGCAGGUUCCCAGCUGCAGGUGACCACGGCGCCCUCCUCCACGGCCCGCGUGGGCUCGGGGGCCCUGCUGCAGUGCCGAUUCGAUGUCGGGGGGCUGGUGGCCCUGGACUUCCUGCGGGUGACGUGGUAUUUCUGGGAGCAGAAGUUGGCCUGGUACGAGCUGGGCAGGAGCCAGGACCAGCCUGGAGCCAGCCUGCCAUCGGAGAAGGAGCUGGAGAGCGGAGACGCCUCCCUGUCUCUGGCCGUGGCGACUGUGUCAGAUGAGGGCUUGUACCGGUGUGUUGUGGGGUACGGGACACAGCAGCGCCAGGGGAACACCACCCUGCACCUGCUCGCUGCCCCAACGAUCUCCAUCCCAAGAAAACCAGUCGUGGCCGAUGCUGAGACCUCCCUCCUGUGCCACGUGGGGCGGUUCUUCCCCGAGGACGUGGACGUGGUGUGGAUGAGAGACGGGCAGGUCCUGAAGGGCUCCACCCGCUCCAGCCCCCACAGGAACACGGACGGGACCUUCAACCUCACCCUGACCUACACCUUCACCCCCACCCACAGUGACGCCAGCAGCAUCUUCUCCUGCCGCGUCCGCCACGAUGCUCUGGAGCAACCCAUACAGCAGGACGUCCCCCUGGACAUCCGAGCAGGGGAUCAGACCGGUGCCAUGGUUGGAGCCGUCCUGGGCAUCCUGCUCGGAGCAGGAGCUGCGGCCGCUGCAGCCAUUUACUUCUGGAGGAGGAGAAAAAAAGGCUGGGCGGUCUCCUACAAUGUCCCAGACGUGCAGGUGCCGGAGCGGUGCCUGCUGGGCCAGGAGGUGACCCUGCACUGCUCCAUGGAGGGGACGUUCCCCGAGGACGUGGCCGUGACAUGGGAGAGGAUCCACAGCGAGGACAGGACGGUGCCUGAGAGCGCUGGGGACCAGGAGAGCCCCGAGCACCAGCCGCUGUUCCCCGCCCUCCCCCCGGGCUGGAGAGUGACCGAGGAGAGAGCUGGGACCCGCCUCACGUCCUCCCUGACCUUCACCCCCACACUGCAGGACGACGGGGCGCGGGUCCGGUGCGUCUUCCUCCACGAGGCCAAACGGAUCAGAGAGGAGAGAGUGUCCCCGGAGAUCCGGGUGUGGGCCCGGCCGCAGGUGUCUGAGAUCCAGGUGUUGCCAGAGUGGGACCCCCGUGACAAGGUGCCAUUUACUGUCCAGCUCCACAACUUCUACCCCAGGGAGGUGCCCCCGAUCCAGUGGGGCUGGGACGGGGCCGGGAGCUGGAGGGAAGACCCCACGCAGAUAGACAAGAACGCGGACGGCACGUUCACCGCGACGAGCGUCUGGAGAGUGCCCAGCCGGAGCCUGACCCGGCCGGAGCUGCGAGUGCGAGUGUGCGUCCAGCACGGCCCCGGAGAGCCCGCGAGCGAGAGAGAGCUCAGCCUGAGGGCCGCGGGUCUCCUGCGGCCCCCGGACGUGUCCGAAAUCUCCCGGACUGAGUCCAUGCCCACGGGGAAGGGAGUCACCCUGAGCUGCCGCAUCACAGGGCAUUUCCCGGGGGAGCUGAGCGUGACCUGGCUGCGGAGGGGCAAGGGGGAGGACACUGCUGUGAUCCUGCGGGACUCGGCUGAGUGCAGGGUGGAGCCCGGCACGGCCGUCCUGGCACGGGACGGGAAGAGCUUCCAGCAGGAGACCAGACUCAUCCGUUUGUCACCAGAGAACCUGAAGUCACACAUCCAUUUGUCACCAAAGAAGGAAAAAGAGUACAGCUGCCGUGUGGGACACCUUGCCCUGGAGACCCCCAUCGAGAGGAGCACUGCCUGCCGUCCGCGCCCUCCGCACCUGGGGGAGGUCUCCCACCCGCAGGCCCUGGUCCCGGGGCAGCCGGAGACCCUGCGGUGCCUCAUCUCGGGGUUUUACCCCGGGCAGCUGGCGGUGACGUGGCUGCGAAAGGGCACGGGAGAGAAGGCGCCCAGGCCCCUGGAGAGCUCAGACCCCCACAGGAUGCACACCCCUGCCCCUACUUGGGCGCCGGACGGGAAGUCCUACAGCGUGGAGUCCGAGCUGCGCCUCCCCCCCGCGGGGCCCGAGGACGACGGGGUGGAGUACCUGUGCCGCGUGCAGCACGAGGCCCUGAAGGAGCCCGAGUCCAGGUCCAGUGGGCGGCUGCGGGUCCAAGGUCAUUCAGAGUCCACCAAAGCCUCGAACACUUGAGGAGGGAGGAGGCGGCCGAAGACAGAGGCAGUGUCACCAGUGCCACAUCCCUGCCCCGACCCAGGGAGCACCAGGGACGGCGCCCACCGCGGGGCUGGGCUGGGGGAUUGGGAUGGGGCUGGGAUGCAGGGCUUGUGGCUUGUGGCUGGGCCGUGGCUAUGUCGUCCCCAGGCCUCUGCUGGUGGUGGCUGCUCCUGCUUCCCUCCCUCCACGUGUGGGCUGUGCGGUGGGGCUGGGUGGGAGCCGCGGUGUGGGUUGUCUCUCGCUCUCUGUCCCUGGGGACCCAGCCCCACGUGGCCCCCGGGCUGCCAGAGUAAAGAUGACAGCGCUGAGGAUCGCCCGCUUCCCUGAGUGGAUUUGGAAGCAGGCUGAACAGGGCUGACGCCUCCAGAGCCUCUGUACGGAGCCACCCAGGGGUACAUAAAAUAUAUAUUUAGUUAUAGACACACUCCUAGCACAUGUUACAAUAAAUACACCUGCACCCUGGCACACCCA